AUGAUCUACAACUACUUUGCCUCCAACUUCGGCACCAUCAACAAUAAAAUUAAAUCGGACGGAGGUACAAAAACGUCAAUUAAGUUGUUGAAAAAAGAAUUAAAACAACUUAAAUUCUUGGGCCGCAAUAACCAUCAUUUCGGCAACCAAAUAAAGUCGGUUAGCAAAACGUUGAGAUCGAAGUUAUCGUCAUCAAAAUCUUCCGACUCAACUAAACGACACAACACAACAAGCCAACUCAAACGUCGAUUUUGGUGGUUUUGCAAAAAAGUUUUUAAUUCAACAACAACUUCAUACAGCGUCACCGUCUGCAAAAACUACUUUCACUCCAUCCAAAGCGACACUCACAACAACAAGCAACAGCUGCCAAACUGGAUCCCAAAACUCUGA